UGUCUAAUAAUGAAUAACCUUACCAGACAAAAAGCAACAAUAAAGGAUACUAAAUAUGGCAAAGGCAAAAGGGGAACUGGAGUUAAAAAGGGGAACUUUCAUAUAUUAGUUCUUGCGUCUUUUCCUUUGUUCAAGUAGAUUUUUCCGUUUUUGACUUGUUUCUUACAUUCAGGCAAUGAGGGGAUACCAGCUUGCAUAAAAUGUGUGGAAGUGAAGAUGGCGUGAAAGUGGAAAUGGAAAUAGAAACUAAGGAUUUACCAGUGGACUGCAUGCUGCUUGAAAUACAUUUAUUUCAGAGUUACUUGGUGGUUGUUCAAUAGAGGCUGUUUUCAGAAUUUAUAUGCUGGUUCCAAAGUAAAUUGAGGCAGCUAAGUCUUUUUGUUUCCACAUACACACGAUAUCAGCCUAAAGUUCAUAGUUUGGUCAAUAUUUAAUUUAACAAAAACUAUUUGAGACCAAUUGAAAAGCAGUCUUGUUGCUUCAUAUCAAAGCUUCAGUCUAAACCUUAGUGUUUAACUGAUCCAUUAACUGUUUUUUUUGGACGUGAUGUCAUUCAAAUUUAUGAUCUGUCAUCACCGAAAUCCAUUUUCUCCUUUGCAAAUUUGCGAAACCACCUUAGAGCGUACAUUCCGUUAUUACUAAAUGUUCACGAGGUCAUUUUAGAUCUGACAGACAAAGUAACCUCAAAGUAUGAGAAGUCCAAUUGUCUAUUACCAGAUUUGCUUUGGUUUGAGCUUAAGUUGCUGUCAUAAACUGGAGUGGCAAAAGAUAAAUAACGCGAAACAAAAUGUUUGGACAUGGUGAGAAUCUGCCAUUGUGCAAAGAAGUGCAAAAUUAGUCCUUUCACUUAAUCAACGUACCAAGCACUAUUUCUACGUUUAGUUCGAACAUUCAUUAUAUAUUUGUUCAAAACUAGCAGUUGUUUAUUGCAGAUUUAAGAUGUCGCAAAAUAAGCCAAACAACAGCAACACUCCUAACUUGGGCGAAGUGUCUGGAGAUUCUGUUGCAUCUUCGAGUAUUGUAGUCGAGGACUGGGAGGAUCUGGGAUCCUCAUCCGCAUCCUCCAUUUCCGCUAAUCGAGCAACUGGUUUCCAAUCGACCGGACAGAAUACGUCGUCCACUCUCGGUUCGACCGACAGUGACGUCAUUACUUCGGGAACUUCAGCAAGCAGUGCUUCAGAGCCCUCCCCGUAUGCCGACGAAUUGGAGCGACUCCUGAUGGAAGCUCAGAAAGAUGGCGGGAGUUCCAGGGGAACAUCAAUACGCAGUAGCAGUGGUCCUAUUUCUCCAGUUUGGUCCACAGGGGGAGGGACCGGAUUCAGCAGUCCAGUUUUUCUGCAAAACUCAGCCAAUCAGACGAAGUUGGAAGCAGCGCUGGCUAAUUAUUCGAGCAGACCAGAGUGCACGCCACUAAAACCACACGAACUUGCCGAGAAGUUUCGUCAUCCGAACGGAAAUGGUGGAGGUGGCGAUGGGUUGUUAACAGUCUCGGGAAUGGAGCAGAGACAACACGAUUCGAAUCUUAAUUACCCGGUGUCAACAUCAGACGAUAUUUCAGAUUAUGGAAGCAAUGAAGAUUGGCUUUCAAGGCUGUCUUCGUCAGUUAGAACUAUGAUGGCACCCCCUUAUUCGUACUUGCUCAUACCCACCCAUCUAUUAAUGUUCGGCCUUGGAGCUCUGUGUGCGUAUAUAUGCUACGCAAAAAAAGUUUUCAACAGAUGGAGAUGAACUGAUAGAUGUCAAAUAUCGAAAACAGAUAGUUUUGGGAUUGAAAAAAAAACAUUAAACUCAAUUGCAAUUGUCUUUUCUGUAAAUAUCAGUGGCGCAUGGUUCUCGAUUGCGUUGCAGUGAUGAUUAUUAAAUUAGCUUAGAAUAAUUUUUGAAGCUAUUGCUUGUUGAAUAGAUCAUUUUACUAUUUAUGUUUGAAUUAUGAUAUACAAAACACUUUCGAAGGCGUUCAGGCCAAAUUCGAAUGAUUUUCUAGAUGUAAAAAUGCAACAAUUUUUGUCCCAUGAGAUGGUGCUUUCUGUGUUGAUUAAUUUGCAGAUCCAUGGAAGUAGAGUUAAUAUUUACUAUUUGUGAAUU